AGUUGGCUGGCACUCAAGGCAGAGUCUCUUCUCAAAGGCUGUUUCACAGUGAAAAUAUGCUCAGUGCAGCCGAGUGCAUGAAUGAAAAAGCCUCCGGUACCUUCUAAUCUGGCAAAAUGCUGCACAAAACUCAACUUACUCUGCCCUUUCUACUAUCCCAGGUGCUGCUGAUUGUAUUUGCAGAAGAUUUAGAAUGCAUCCCUGGAUUCCAGCAAAAGGUUUUUCAUAUUGAACAGCCAUCUGAAUUCACAGAGGACCAGCCAAUACUGAACUUGGCGUUUGAUGACUGCAAGGGGAACGACAAGCUGAGCUUUGCAGUUUCUAAUCCAGACUUUAAGGUGGAACCCAAUGGAUCUUUAGUUGCACUGAAAAAUAUAACGGAAGCCGUCACAGCUUUGUUCAUCCAUGCCCGGUCUGCCCAGGCUGAAGACAUGGCGAAAGAGAAACAUGGCUAUUUAAAGGAAAUCUUUAAGAAUGAAGAUGGUAGUCUUGGAAUUCUAAGACAAAAAAGGGCCAUUGUGGCAACAGCAAUAUUAAUUCCGGAAAAUCAGAGACCGCCUUUCCCCAGAGUCGUGGGCAGGGUUAUCAACAGCGAUGGAACGGAGGGAUCAAAGUUUCGACUUUCUGGAAAGGGAGUGGAUCAAGAGCCAAAAGGAGCAUUCAAAAUUAAUGAGAACACCGGGGAAGUCUUGGUGACACGGUCCCUUGAUAGAGAAGCAAUUCCCACUUACCAACUGCAAGUUGAAAUCACCGAUGUCAGCGGCAAAAGUAUUGAAGGCCCAGUCCUUCUAGAUAUCAUUGUUAUUGAUCAGAAUGACAACAGACCCAUCUUCAGGGAAGGACCAUACAUUGGACACAUCAUGGAAGGGUCACCUACAGGAAGCACUGUUAUGCGCAUGAUGGCCUUUGAUGCUGAUGACCCUGGUACAGACAAUGCACUUUUGAGGUAUAAUAUCCUCAAACAGACCCCUGACAAACCAUCUCCAAAUAUGUUCUUCAUUGAUCCUGAGAAAGGAGACAUUGUCACAGUGGUAUCGCCUGCACUGUUGGACCGUGAGACUAUGGAAAACCCUAAAUAUGAGCUUAUUAUAGAAGCUAAAGAUAUGGGUGGUCUUGAUGUAGGAUUAACUGGCACAGCAACAGCUACCAUUGUAAUCGAUGACAAAAAUGAUCAUCCCCCAGAAUUCACGAAGAAAGAGUUCCAAGCCACAGUAAAGGAAGGAGUCACUGGGGUGAUAGUGAAUUUAACCGUUGAAGACCGAGAUGACCCAGCGACAGGAGCUUGGAGAGCGGUCUACACCAUUAUCAAUGGAAACCCGGGACAAAGUUUUGAAAUCCAGACCAAUCCAAAGACUAACGAGGGAAUGCUCUCUGUGGUCAAACCUCUAGACUACGAGAUUUCAGCCUUCCACACACUGCUGAUCAAAGUAGAAAACGAAGACCCACUGGUUCCAGACAUAGCCUAUGGCCCCAGUUCUACAGCGACAGUUCAGAUCACUGUUCUGGAUGUGAAUGAAGGCCCUGUUUUCCACCCAGAUCCAAUGACAGUCACCAAACAAGAAAACAUCCCCAUAGGCAGUGUUGUUUUAACAGUAAAUGCCACAGAUCCAGAUACUUUGCAACAUCAGACCAUUAGGUAUUCUGUUUACAAGGAUCCGGCAGGAUGGCUGGAAAUUAAUCCUACAAAUGGUACCAUUGUCACCACUGCUGUCCUGGAUCGUGAAUCACCCUAUGUGCACAACAACAUCUACACAGCAUUAUUUCUGGCAAUAGACAGUGGCAACCCUCCUGCAACAGGCACGGGAACUUUACGGAUAACUCUCGAAGACGUCAAUGACAAUGCCCCUGACAUUUAUCCAACGUUGGCAAAAGUCUGUGAUGACACAAAAGAUCUCAGGGUGGUGGUCUUGGGGGCAUCAGACAAGGACCUUCACCCUAACACGGAUCCAUUCAAAUUUGAGCUGAGUAAACAGUCUGGCCCAGACAAAGUGUGGAAAAUCACCAAGAUCAACAACACUCAUGCCCAGGUCAGCCUGCUUCAAAACCUGAAGAAAGCCAAUUACAACAUCCCAAUCUUGGUGACAGAUUCUGGAAAACCACCUCUGACUAACAAUACCGAACUGAAAGUACAAGUGUGUUCCUGCAAGAAAUCCAAAAUGGACUGCAGUGCAGCUGAUGCCCUUCAUAUCAACAUGACCCUAAUCCUUCUCUUUUCACUCAUCAGUUUAUUUUUAUUUUCAGCUCAGUGAAGGAUCCAUCCAAGGCUGAAUGGGGUCAACGAAAAGGCUCCCGUUAACUUCAGUCUGUAAGAACUCCUGACAUUUGAAGCUGACCUACUGCGUUGCCAUGGCAACAAGACAAGGAAAACAUCCAACUUGAAGAUCACAGUUUACAGUUACUGUUCUUCACUACUAGGCCUCAGUUCCUCCUGAUUCAGUUUCAUUUGCAACCUCACUUAGUCUAUCCGACUGUACGUCAGUGUUUGACAACCUCUGCCCUUCCUGUUGUUCAAUAAUGGAUUUUCUCUUGCAAGAUGCAAGGUUUAUGCGAAUUUUCACUGAAUGUUAAAAGACCAUGACAUCUCCACGUGACCUUCUGGGAGCUGAAUAUAGAACGACUCCAUUUUUUUCUAUCUGUUGACUUGUUGCUAUUCAACUGUUCAAAAGCAAAUAUUUUGUCUGUGGGUUGGUAUUUGCAUAUGUAUGAAUGUAUGUGUGUAUAUAUAUAUAUAUUUAUAUGCAGAGAAGAGAUACACAAUAGGCUUAGCUUUCAUGAGACAUUUGUCUGAAAUUUGGGAGGGACAGAGCCACAGAUGAGUUAUAACAAUUGUCCUAUCAUAGCUAAACCCAUUGUAUAUGCUAUUUAUACAAUGGUGUAACACAAAAGGCAAAAGGAACUGCAACCAUACCAUUAAAAUCACCAUGUCUAUAGUGCCAGCUAGACCAGAGCCAAUCCUCCACAAUGCCAUUUCUUUUACCUCAGGCCCAAUGAACAAGAGGCAUGAAUUCCCAAUGCUCUAUUUCCCAUCACAUUUUCUUUCCUUCAACCACGGGUGGUCAUGAUGAGGCAGCAAGGAAAGCAGCUUUUUACUCUACAUUACAAUGACAGCAGUACUGGAAGAAAAGGAGGCUGUAAUUUUCAAGAGGGCUGAAAACUGUCAAUUGAAGCAAAUGCACUAGGUCAUUAUCUAGAAUAUUGGCCCACUCUGGGCCUGAAUCUGUUUGCUCUUGCUGGUAAUUAUUUGCUGGUAAAGUGGAGGGCAUUUUAAACUUAGUGCCUGGUCUGCAGAGGUGAUCAAGCAGAUAGAUGUAUACCUGUCAGAAGGCCUAGGAGAAUAGUAGAAGUAAUAGGAUUUCUUCUCAGAUGCAGUGAUUAUCUCUAUUUUUGACCCCCUAACCACAAAGGCCUGUUCUCUCUCUACUGCCAUGUGGCUCUCAUUGACAUCUCUGAGUGCAGUGAGGAAAAUAGAUGUCCUAUUGUAUAAAUAUAUUCAUAUAUAGAGUUUGAGAUAUAUAAUAUAUAUAUAUAUAUAUAUACGCACACAUACAAAUACAUGUACACACAGUUUUCAAUUAAAAGUAACAAGAUCAUUUCUCUGUGUGUGUGAAAUAACCACACUUGUUUGCAAACAUGGAAUUAAAAGGUGUUCAUGAUGUAUGAAUAUUAAUCCUUUUUUUAUUCUGUGAGCAUGUAAGGUAAACAAAAAACUUCUAACUGUAUCAAGAUGAGCAUCCUGUUAAUAAAUUGUAAAUGAUCCAUCAAAGCUCACACCAAAUUUUUUAUACAAUUAACAUACACAAAAAAAUUAUACUAGUAACAGACAGUGGCUUUUACUAGAGCUUGCCAGUAACUAGGGUGAGGUAAUUGUCUUAGAAUAUUUUAAUAAACUUGCUUAUUUAAAGUUUAAAGAACAAUGCUUUCUUAUGCAAUAGAUCUUCACAGCUGUGUUUUUGGUUAGCAUUUUUACAAUACUUAAGGGUCAUACUGUAUGUUGUCAUUACUACCGUGAGAUUAUAUACAUCCCUUCCACAUCAUGUAUAUGUUUCAAUAGGAAAGCUUUCUGGAAGUAUAAAAAAUAAAUUCCAAACACACAUUUAGUUUUUUUCAUGAUGUUACUCUAGGUAUUAAAUGUGUAUUGGUGGUGAAAAAUUGCUGUACAAUAGCUUUUCUCCGACUUCUUGUAUUAUACCAAAUAUUACAACAGGUCCUUUUUAACUAAAAUAAUAAUUAAUAUGGCAGCAGCAAAAAUGUUAGCUUGUGUGGUAGACUUCCCUAAAUUUGAAGGUUUCUUGCUAAGACAUCAACUACCUGGAUACAAAAAGCUGAUUUUCUCUGAGAGCUUAACUCUUCAAGUCCUCACCCAGGAAAAAUUCUCACUGAUCUUCUUUCUUUGGCAACUCAAACAUCUAUGACGCAUGGUGAAAGUAGUACUGGAGGUCAAUGGGUGGCUCUUUUGAGAAGGAUUUCCGGAAGGUUCCUUAGGCAACUGCAGGCCUUUAAGCAGAAAGUGCCUAUCUCAAAUGUCACUCUCACCUGAACAAUUGCAUGUCUUCUGCACCAGGGAGUGCUGCUGCUAUAUAAUUGCCAAUCAUGUAUACAUAUAAACAAAGUGUUAAAUGCAAAGUAUGGAAAAGGAAAAUGGAUGUAUACUGCAGACAGCAUGGAUCUUUCCCAAACAGGAAUUGCACCCCAUGCCUUGGUCUACUAAACUCUCUUCUUGAAUGUAAUGGAAACAACAAUUGUCCUGCCACAUAAAUGUAUUUUUCUAAUGGGAUCCUUCUUUCCCCUGCCUCUGGGCAUCAUUCAGAAUCCAUCAAUGCAAAGACUCACAGGCUACAUCUACACUGCACGGUUAUUUUGGAAUAAACUAUUCUGGAAUAGUUAUUCCGAAAUAGCUUAUUUUGAAAUAGCACAUCUACAUUGCAGGGAAGCCUCAAAGUCUGAGGCAGGCUUCCCUAAUGUAGAUGUGCUAUCUCGAUUUAGAGCCCCAGGAGGAAUAACUUAGAAUGGCCCUUGUGAGGGUCUAUUUUGAAAUAGCAGAACUGGAGCAUCUAUACACACCUUUUUUGAAUUAGCUAUUUUGGAGUAGGCGUUAUUCUUCAUAGAAUGAGGUUUACAGAAGUCAGAAUAAGCCGUCCAUUAUUUCAAAAUUAUUUCAAAAUAACGGAAUUGCUGUGUAGAUGCUCGCAUAGUUAUUUUGGAAUAAUGGUCGUUAUUCCGAAAUAAUGUUGCUGUGUAGACACUCCCCCAUUGAUUUCAGUGGGCUUCCAUGAGACAUUAUGUGACGCUAUCCCUGUUUUUAGUUCAGACCAAGGAGUGUGGAUCAUUCUAAGGGGGCCUAAAUCCAGAAACAAAACUUUUUUGUUUAAAUUUAUCCUAGCAACAAGCUGUUGGGUAAAGCCAGUUGUCUGCCAUUUAUGUGCAAGAAUAUGUGCAGAGUAACAUCUCAAAUAAUAUUGCAGAUUCUUGACCUAUAAAAGGGACAGCGGUUAUCUCAUCCAACAUUGUGGGGACUUUUUGCAACCUCAACUCUCAUUCUCUCCUGUUCAUAUGCCCCUACUUCCAGCCUGAGCUAACCUCUGUGCAUUCUAGGCACACACAAAAGAAGACAAAGCUACCAUCUUAAUAUUUCUUUCUCAUUUCCCCAUGCCCCAUAUUCUAGAAAAACAUCCAUCAAGAAACCCAAAUCUUACAGCCUUAUUCAAAUAAGAAGCUCUGUUAAAACUUACGGGACUCCUUACACAAGGGAAAAGCCCCAAGAUUACAUCAUUUCCUGAAACUCAGGAACUAGCAGAAUUUGGCAGCAUUCUCUGUCACGUACUAUCAGAAAAGAUCAAAAAGUAAAAACCUCACAUUUUUUUGCAUUUCCUUUUUAUGUUGGAUUAAGUUUUGAAUUUGUCCAGGUGUAUCUUGCUGUUUUUGUAAUCCAUCAGUUAUUUUAACGUAGUUAUUUUAGUUUCUACAUUUAUUUCACUAUGUGUGGAUAUGUGUGUAACACAUGCAAGGUCAUCCGCAUUUGGAAAGACACUGAAUUGAGUCAUUUUCAAUUUGAAGCAUAUGCAAAGCAGUGCUGGUAUAAAUCAUUUCAUUUCAAAACCCUGUAUUUUCUGGUAAAACAUGAAUCCAAUAUGACAGUUAUUAAGUUAAUCAAAGAAUGGUGUUGAUUAGCAGAAUAAAUGUGUCAUUUUCAGUGUACUUGCUAACGGAAACACUAUCAAUACACCUCAUGAACGUGCUCACAUUAUGCCUGUGUGCAUAUAUUAAUGUACAUUAUGCUCAGUAACUGCAGGUCUGAAGAUCAAAACAAAGGAAAGCCAGCAUUAAUUUCAUGGUGGGUGUCAAAUAAGAUUUAUAUUACAGUCAAACAAUGUUUUUAUAAUAUACCCAUGGAGCCCGAUUCUCAUCUCAUUCCCACCUGGGUAAAUCAGGAGUAACUCCAUUCACCAGAGAUAUUCAAGAUUUAAAAAAAAAAAAAAAAUCCAGCCUGCUCUCUGUAAAUCCUUAUAUCUUGAGAUAUUUCAUCUCAUCACUCAAUGCAUUCCUUUUGUCAGUCCUCUGUAAAUAGUAGAGUACCAUAAUUAGUCAUAAGACACUAGGAAAUCAUUGAUCUAUUAUUGUAGGUCUGUCUUGAACUUAGGGAAAUCUAUAUUCUAGAUGAGUCAUACUAACCUCUUUGAAGUAUUCCUUAGGUUCCCAGUACAAUUUUGUUUAACUUUUAUUUAGCAUGACCACAGCUUCUAAUCAAAUAAGUCCUGUUGGUCUCUUGGGUAAUCAUUCAAACUAGGGUCCUCUGUAAUACAAUCUCAUGGAUUAAAUUAAGGAUUUCCAAUCAGUUGAUAAGUGACCCAGUUUCAAAUGCUUUAGUUAAUCAUCACAGGAAAGUGAAGCAUGUAUGUUAUACUACGUGAUCCCUUUGCAUCAUUGGUUUUCUAAGACAUGGUGAUUGCCAAUUUUCCCCCUCUGCUGCUACCAAUACACUUAGCCAUUUAAUCACAGAGCAGAGCUUUGUACACAGAUCACAUUGUGUUAUUGUUUGUCUGGAAGUCAAGUUUUUACCUAAUGUGUUUAUCUCAGGUAAAAUUUGAAUAAAAGAUGACAAAAAUGACAGACUCACAAAUAACAGGUCCAAGAAAAAAUAUAUAUUCCCCUUACUGCAGCGGUAGAAAUUCUGCUGUCCAAGUGGUACAUCUCCCAAAGGUAUCAAAAAACAAAACCAAUAAUUCUUUCCCAUUUGAUUCUUGACAAUUUGUAACCUUGAAUUUCACAUGUUAACUAUUUCAGAAGACAACACUAUAGCCCGCAUAAAGCAGCUAUGGAUAACUAUUUUACUGUAUAAAAUGUAUAGCCCAAUGCUCUUACUACUUUGCCUAACCACAAGUUAUGAUGAUUGCAAAAUGUUUCAAUGUCCAAAGGAAACGAAAACACACAAAUUCUCAGUGAAAGUUACUGGUUGCACAAUUCCUAUGUGUGUGUAGAUAUGUAGAUAUAUAGAGAUACACACAUACAUAUAUAGAUCUAUAUUUAAUCUAGGUAGCAGGAGAGAGUGAGGCUAUACAGCAUGGGGAUUUGGAAUAAGCAGUUUAAUUUAUGGAUGAACACACGACUCAAGCAGAGGUAUGGUUUCUGCAUGGUCAACCCAAACUGCUGAAAAGAAAUGGUUUAUUCCCACCUCUGAUGUUGUAUUGAUUUAAACCUCACUCAGCAAUUUCUGUCUCUCAUGCUCUUUCUCUUUACAUUGAUUUAUAUAAUUUAAACGUAUGCAUAAUUGUUUACUGAUGCCUUUUGAUUUAGUUGUCUAUGUACCAGCAAGUCAGUAGCAAUGUGAAAGAGGAUACAGAAAGAACCUAAUCCUAACUUUCUUCAAUACCAGCAGGAUGGCAAUAUUGCAAGCAUUAGUCCCAUCCUCUGAAAGUUAUGCUUCUCCUCUACAUUAAUAACUGUCUGUCUUUGGUGUUUUGAGGUUAAAUGAAUUUAGUCUCAAGGGACAGAGCAUGGGCAUGCAUGCAUAUGUGCCCUGCCCAUGAUGGAGGAUUGUAAAACAAAAGCAUGUACGGUGGUGAAUUCAGUACAGACAUGCUGUGUGAUUAAUUGAAGCAUUCAGUGGUAACCUCCUAGGUCAUCACAUUUGCCCCCAUCAUGAACUCUUGUCUUCUUCAGUCAUCAUUGGGACUUAUUUUUAAAUGAUUUUCUUUUUGCAAAAGUUCAAGCGAGGGGAAAGAAAAGCUUUU